GUUACAUAAACUUUUCGAUUGUUUCUCACCAUACAUCUAUUCUAUAUGCUUUCGUUGUGAGCUACUUUCGAAAUGUAUAAAGAUUGUAGAAAUGUCAUAAUUCUGUUAGAUGAAGAUAUGUCUGCAUUGAACAGUAGAUAUCAUGGCAUUUAAUUGACAUGAUGUGGUACCCCAAUAGACAGUGAGAAAUAUCACAGCAUCAGUGUUUUUAAUCUUCUAACGAGUUUGUACAGACAUCAUUAGAGUUCAUGAAGGUUGAUCAAAACAUCCAGUAAUGUUUCCCCAAUCUACCCCUAAUGAUAUGCACACAAACUUGACAAUGUUGGAUUCUGUUUGGAUGAUUUUGCAUUUUGAAACAUUGUAACAAAAUGAAAUGAGGUCAGAGAAUAAAUGAUUGUUUCCCACCAGCAGUCCGACGUUGGGUCGGUAUUUUUAUUGCAAUUUUCGAUGUAUUUCUCUUCGGUGGUUAUCAUUAUGGCUUCAAUUCGCUUGUUGUGGUGUACAAAUCCGUGGGUUUGUAUUCAUACAACUGUACAGAGAAUGGAUGUAUGUAUUAUGAAAGUAUGUUCGGUGUCACGUUUAUUGUUUGGAUGGUGUCACAAAUGUGCCUUAUUGUAUUCGCUGGUAUGCUGAUGGAUCUUGUGGGAUUGAGGGCGCUGAAAUUGGUGGCUACUGUCUUAUACUUUGCUGGUACUGUGAUGUUUGCAUUGACGACUGCUUCAACGGUGCCUCUAUUCUAUGCUGCUGGAAUAUUUGUAGCCUUGGGUAGUAUAUGCAGUCUGAUAUGUAAUCAUCAAGUUAGUUCAAUGUUUCCACAAAUGCGUGGGUUAUGCAUAUCUCUUAUCUCUGGUGCUUAUGAUUCGAGUACAGUUAUCGCUUUUGUAAUAUCUUUGACAUACAUGUCAUUUUCAUUCAAAUGGUCAUUUCUAAUAUUGGCUGUCUGUUCGCUAAUUGUUGGCCUUUUUGUGGCCUUCUUCAUUCUUACACGAUAUUCGAAAGAUAUGGGAGAAUAUGCAGCUUCUUCAAGUAAACAAGUAGAUGGUGAUAUGUCUAAAGAUCCUUCAAGUAAUGAUGAGCCUUUAUCUACAUCUACAACAAUUGAUGUAUUCAAUGAAAUCUCUUUAGUUCUAGAUGAACGUUAUCCAACCUUAAAAAGUUGUCUCUUUUCAUCUUCUUAUCUAUUAAUUAAUAUUUGGUUCACUUUGGGUUUAUUUCGUUUCUCUUUUUAUUUAAAUCAUUUUGUUAAACAUAUCAGUAGUAUGUUUAACAAUAAUGAAAUAAUGAAAAUUCAUUUAUUAACAGCAUCAUCUGGUUUCUUUAUGUGUGGUUUCUUUAUAGCUCCGUUAACUGGUACUAUAAUUGAUUAUUUUUUAAGAAAUUCCCGUAAAAAAAUUCAGAUUAUCCUAAUUCAUCAUCAAAAUAAUAAUAAUCAAGUUGAUUAUUCUACUAGUAAUAUGAUUUAUUAUACUCUAGUCAAUGGAUUGGUACCAUCAUUAAGUUUAAUGGCAAUAUUUGCUAUACUAUUAAGUAUAAUGAUGUUUAUUCCACAUUAUAUAGCAUGUUAUGCUGGUUUCUUAUUUCUUGUUGUUAUACGAUCAUUAUUGUUUAGUUCAUUUAUUAGUUUUCUAUUAUCUGUUUUCCCUAUACGAUAUUUUGGUACAUUGAAUGGUAUCUCUAGUACUAUAGCUGGACUAUUCAGUUUAAUUCAAUAUGCAUUUUUAACUACAUCACCAUUUAUGGAUAAUAUUAUCACAUUGGCUAUAUCAUUGAGUAUAUCCAUUACACCGAUCAUAUUCUUCAUUCAAUAUAAGAAAGAGAAGUAAAUAAUGAACUAUUGUAAUUCUCUUAUGAAAUAAAUAGAUAACUACUAGUGUUGAUUAUGACCAAG